AUGGGCGACAGGGAUGAGCUCAUGGGUGAUAGUGACGAGCUCAUGGGUGAUAGUGACGAGCUCAUGGGUGACAGGGAUGAUCCCACCUGUGACAGGAAUGAGCCCACCUGUGACAGGGACAAUCCCGCCUGUGACAGGGAUGAAUUAAUGGGUGACAGGGACGAGCCCACCUGUGAAAGGAAUGAGCCCACCUGUGACAGGGACGAGCCCCCUGUGACAGGGACGAUCCCGUGUGACAGGGAUGAUCCCCAGCGCAUUCCCUGCACUCACACCGGGGGAGGCACUGCUGGCUCUGAAGGAGUCCCAGCCUGCUCCCGGAUCCAGACCAGCUCAGGUGGGAGCACAGUGCCUUUCCAGGCUUCUGCAGACGCCUGCUUUGCUUCUCCUUUCUGCUCCUGGAAUGGCAACACGGCCAGCUCCGGGCUCUCCCGGCAUCACUUCAGUGCGAGCACCGAGUGCCAGCGCUCCUGGCAGCUCCCGCUCCCUCCCGGAGAAGCGCUGCAACUUUUGCUGCUGCACACAACGCUGCAGCCUGCGGGAGCCGAGCUGCUCGCGGCGGAUCUGGGGAAGCAGCUGCUGGUUCUGCCCGUGCUCAGUCCUGCUUUGUUCUGUCACCUGUGGCUCAGGGCAAAGGUGGUGUCCCAUUUCCCCAGGUGUUGUCCCAUUUCCCCGGCCUGGGAGGAGUCACAGCCCCAUCAGAGGGGUGGAACUGAGAGUUCUGAGCAGGUGCCUGCACCUCCCAGAGCCUCUGCUGCUCUUCCCUGCCCCAGAUCAGCCCUGGAGCAGGAGCUGGGGAUCACCAGGAACAGGAACAUUGGAUCACCUGGAGCAGGAACAUUGGAUCACCUGGAGCAGGAGCUUGGGAUCACCUGGAACAGGAACAUUGGAUCACCAAGAGCAGGAGCUUGGGAUCACCUGGAGCAGGAACAUUGGAUCACCAGGAGCAGGAGCUUGGGAUCACCUGCACCUCCAGAUGGACCUCAGGACCUGCUGCCAGCUGGAUCAGCUCCUGCCACAGCCCUGGAGGGAACUGGAGUGCUGGGUCACCCCACACCUUGUGCACCGCAGAGUGGAGCAGCAGAGCCCACUGCCCUCAGUGCAGGCUCUGGAGGAGAGGAGAGGAGGAUUUCAGCUUCCCCUGCGUGCUGCCAGCUGUGA